AUGAGACGUAUCUUUGGUAUACUCAUUGUUUUGCUUCUGACUAUACAACUAACAUUCGCUAGUAGAUGUGAAUGUCAAUGUUGUGUGGGCAACGGUUGUAGUCCUGGACCAGUAGGUUCUUAUAGCGUAUUUUUGUUUUGUACAACAUCUUCAUGUUCACCCGGCGAAUGUACUGCACAGUAUUAUAAAGAUUGUCCACAACCAAAUGGUGCGGGAAUAACACAAGCCGUAUGUCGAAAUGGUAAUGCAAGAUUAUCACCAUCUUUAUUUAUCUUCGCUGGUAUAACUUCAAUUAUUUUAAUGAUGAAAAAUAAACUUUAA